AUUUGUGUAUGCUACACCCUCAGUGUUCCAAUUAUAGUUCAGUUAUGUUUUGUACUAAGUCAAACUUAUCAAGAGUUAGUCAAGUUUUAGAAAAAUAUGUGCCAGCAUCUACAAGUUUGAAAAGAUGCACUAGCAGGACAUAUUUCAUGGAGUGGUUAACAAAAAAGGUAUUGUAGACGUUGAAGCAUUUCAUGGAGAGGUAUUGUUUGACUACUAAGACACAUGUUACUGUUACUCUAUAAUACAAGAAGUCCUGGCUGUCAAGUAAAUCAGACCAAAUUUGCUUUGGUUGCAUUAUUUUCGUGCCAGCUAUUUGCUGCAAAAUUCCAGAACCUUGUGUAUCGAACCACAGUUGUACAUCUCCAAAUUACUACUAGUACUCUGCAACAACGCGGUGCAAUCUCCAAAGAUGGGCAUUUGUCCUAAGUGGCCGCUAAGCUCCAAGAUUUUUGCUUUUACAAAGCUUCGUCGCAACCAAUGGUGAGAGAGACAUGCAGUGGCUACACAAGGCAGGCGCGCGACAGUCGUGAGAGAGGCAUCGUCACACGCGUGUUUACCUCAGGCUCAAACACCGGCCGGCCGCCGGCCAUGUGCCCCGACGCGUCAACGCCGGCGACCAAAGAUGCCGAUGCCGGCACCGACACCACUAUUGUUCUUGCGAAGCUUCAUGCUUCGCGAGCCGCCAUCGUCUCGGUGCUUUCCGCCGCGGCUGAGGCUGAGGUCGAAAUCGACGCCAUCGGUGACCGCCUUGAUGAGCUCCUGUCCAGCGCCUCGCCGUCGUCCUCCCACCACCUCCAGUCCCAAGCCGUGGCGGCACGCGCGCUGAGCGCGCGCAUCGACCGCGCCGUCGCGCCGGCCGAUCCCCUCCUCGCGGAGUUCCGCCGCGUGUCCGCGCUCGCCGAGGACGCCGCGCCACCGGCCAACCCGGGCGACGCCGAAAGCGCGGUGGCGUUCGUCGACCGCGUGGACCAGCUGCGGGACGCCAUCGAGGAGGUGGUGGCGCGCGGCGAAGAGGCCGUCCGGAGGGUGGAGGAGGCGGUCGGCUUCCUAGGCAGGACCAAGGCAGCCGGCCGAGGCCGCGUCCGGAGGCUGACCGAGGCCGCCGCGGCGCUGCGCGCGGUGUACGAGACGGAAGCCGAGGAGAUGCGCUUCGAGGGCCCGCUGGACGAUGCUCUCCUCGGCCUCCAGGAGCUCUUCGAGGCGCUGCUCCUCAGGCUGAAGCACCCGGCGCCCGUGGACGACGACGUCGCCGGCGCCGAGGAUGACACGGCCGGGCACGAGCUGGGCACUGACGACGAAGUGGAGGCCGCCGCAAGGAUGGCCAAAACGCUCGCCGCCAACGACUGUUUGGACAUCUGCCUUGACAUCUACGUCAAGACGAGGUACAGGAGAGCAGCCAAGGCGAUGAUGCGGCUCAACCCGGCGUACCUCAAGUCGUACACGCCGGAGGAGAUCGACGCAAUGGAGUGGGAGUCGCUGGAGUCGGCCAUGGCGCUAUGGAGCCCGCAUUUCCACGUGGCUAUCGCCUCCGUGCUCGCCGCGGAGAGCCGGCUCUGCGAGCGCGUGCUCGAGCCCCUGCCGCCGGCGGUCUGGCCCGAGUGCUUUGCGAAGAUCGCCGCCCGCAUCGUCGCGGCGUUCUUCCGCUUCGCGGACGGCGUGGCCGCCGCGGCGCGCGAGCCGCAGAGGCUGUUCAAGCUGCUCGACAUGCUCGACGCGGUGGUCCGGGAGCGGGAGCGCCUGGACGAGCUCUUCUCCAGCGGGUCGGCCACGCUGGUCGCCAUCCGCGAGCGCACGCGCGAGGUGGAGCGCGCGCUGGGGCGCACCGCGGCCGGCGUGUUCUUCGAGUUCGGUCUCCGCAUCGAGACGCUUUACGUCACCGGCGCCGGUGCCGACGCCGGGCACGUGCCCAAGGUCGUGCGGUACGCCGUGAACUACCUCAAGUGCCUAGCGUCCGACGACUACCGCGCGCUCAUGGACACCGCGCUGCGCGCGGAUCUAGAGCGCGGCGACGAGGAGGACGCGGGCGAAGGCGGCGACCGCGCCCCGCUCGCCGAGGCGGCGGCGAGCGUGCUGGAGGCGCUGCACCGGCACGUCGAGGCGGCGCGCCGGGUAUGCCCGGACACGGUGGCGUCGCACGUCAUGGCCAUGAACGCGUACUGGUACAUCUACAUGCGCGCCCGGGGCACGGAGCUGGCGAAGCUGGUGGGCGAGGACACCAUGCGGCGCCGGUACAAGGCGGCGGCCGAGGAGGCGGCGUGGGAGUACCAGGACGCGGUGUGGACCCCGCUGGUCCGGCUCAUCAGCGGCAGCAGCUCCGGGGCGCCGAAGACCUGGCCGCCGGACGAUGCGCAGGAGAAGGCGGCGGCGUUCGCUGGCAAGCUCGAGGAGCGGGUGAGGCGGCACGGGGCCGAGUACAAGAUACCGGACGGCGACCUCCGGGGACAGAUCAAGAUCGCGGCGGCCAAGGCGGUGCGCGGCGCGUACGCCGGGUUCUUGAAGGCAAACGACAAGGCCCUGGCUGGCUGCCGGAAACAACUGCUGCCGCUGGACAUCAUCGAGGGAAUGGUUGGGCGCGUGUUCGACGAAAUGAGCGAUGGAACCGCCGGCAGCGUCGGCCGGGCGAGGAGCCGGCGGGAGUCCAGGAGCAGCGGCAAUCUGGAGGGCUUCUUCGGCGUCUAAAAAUAGCGAAAUGCAUGCUUCAGUUCUGUUAUUGCAAAAAACGUUGUGUUAAAUCUUCAAAGCCAAUUGGAUCUAUCAAAAUCUAUUUUAUCGCAGUAUGUACUUGAAACUAGAUAAAUUUAAAAGGUUGGAAAUAUAUUUC